UACUUCUACGAGUUCCUGUCUUUGCGCUCUUUGGAUAAAGGCAUAAUGGCUGAUCCAACUAUAAAUAUCCCUCUGCUUGGAACAGUUCCUCAUAAAGCAUCAGUCAUUCAGGUUGGAUUUCCUUGCCUUGGAAAACAAGAUGGAGUCGCUGCAUUUGAAGUGAACGUGAUCAUAAUGAAUUCAGAAGGCAAUAUUAUUCUCCAGACCCCUCAGAACGCCAUCUUCUUUAAAACCUGUCAGCAAGCGGAGUGUCCAGGAGGAUGCAGAAACGGAGGGUUUUGCAAUGAAAGACAUGUCUGUGAAUGUCCAGAUGGAUUUUACGGGCCUCACUGUGAGAAAGCGCUGUGUGCUCCUCGCUGCAUGAACGGCGGGCUCUGCAUUACACCCGGCCUCUGCAUCUGCCCCCCGGGCUUCUACGGCAUCAACUGUGACAAAGCAAACUGUACAACAACCUGUUUCAAUGGAGGAACGUGUUUCUAUCUAGGAAAAUGCAUUUGUCCUUCGGGCUAUGAAGGAGACCAAUGUGAAAUUAGUAAAUGCCAUCAGCCCUGUCGAAAUGGAGGCAAAUGUACUGGUAAGAAUAAAUGCAAGUGCUCCAAAGGCUACCAGGGAGACCUCUGUUCAAAGCCUGUCUGCGAACCCGGCUGUGGUCUGUACGGCACCUGUGCGGAGCCCAACAAAUGCCAGUGCAAAGAAGGCUGGCACGGGAGACAUUGCAAUAAAAGGUACGGAGCCAGCGGUCUGAGCGCCCUGGGGCCAGCAGGCAGCAAGCACAGGCAGCACACGUCUUCACCGAAAAGGGCCAAGGAGAGGCAUGUUCCACCCGAAUCCAAUUAUAUCUGGUGAACUCCAACAUCUGAAACGGUUCGUGUUACACAAAGUUCAUAGCCUUCAUUAACCUCUCAUGGGUUGAAUGUUAAAAUGCUGUUCAUUACAGUUAAGAUUACCGGCUGGAAUUUUAUUAGCUUCAUUAUAAACCACUGAGCUGAUAUUUACUAUUCCUUUUAAGUUUUAUAAAUACUUCUAUAGCAUGAUUAUAUAGGCUUCUUCUUUCAGUGCUUUGGAUGGUGUUUUGUACUAUACUUCUGUUAUGUUUAAACUUCCUUUUUUGAUUAUAUAGCUGCAAAUAUUUUCCAAAAAUUAAGCAAGUAACAAUAUUCAAGCAGAAAAACCUCAUAGAUGCUACCCUGAAUCAUUUCAAUGACUACAGAUUCAAUUUGCCUAAGACAAAAGAAAGGUGCCUUUUACAUUUUUGCUAUUGUGUAUUUAGACUUUUCCCUCAGAGAAAUAAAUAAAAUAAAUAAGCUGCCUAACUUAAAAACUGAAUAACUCAAUUCAAUGUUUUUUUUGGCCUUACAGUUUUGCAAAGUACUGUGUAUUAAAAAUACACUGCAGUGGUGCCAUUUAACCAACGUAAUAUAUUGUAAACAAAGUAGAACUGUAACGUGUGAACUUUCUGCAUCAGCUUGAAGCAAUAUAAUAUAUUGUAAACAAAACAGCUCUUAUGUAAUAAACUUUUUAUACUGACAGUUAUGUAUAAAAUAAAGAUGCUGCUUUAGUUUUUCGA